AUGCCAGCCAUCAAUAGUGGACAACAACAGAACGACACAAGUAACCAAAGCAAUGGCGGAAGCUCAAAUGCCCUGUACACACUACUCCAGGCGGCAUCAAAUGACAACGAUGCGAUGCAUAACCUUGGCUCGAGUUGGGAAACUUUAAAGACCAUGGUCAAUGUCCCUUUCCCAGAUGAUGAGAAUAAAACAUCUCUCCACCUAGCAGCAGAGAAAGGCUUCCAAAGGGUGGUCAAAAAAUUACUCGAAGACGGCGCAGCGGACUCCUCCAUGGGUGACAAGGAUGGAUGGAGGCCAUUGCAUUUCGCUUGCUCAGCCGGUCACGAAGCCGUGGUUAAAGAGUUGCUUUCCCAUAAGGCCAAUCCAGAGCUGACUGACAGUCGUGGGUGGAAUGUACUUCACAUAGCUAUCACCUAUGGCCAGUCCGAUACUUUCCAACUCAUCGUGGAACGCUACCCUCAACUUCUCGAACAAAGUACAACCAAAUCAGGUAUGACGCCCUUACACAUAGCUAUCUGGUGGAGCAACGAAAAGAUAGUCAAAGUCUGCCUCAAAAACAAGGCAGAUAUAAGUGUCAGGGACAACGAUGGAUGGACCGUUUUGAUGAUGGCGGCGUAUAAAAAAGAAAAGGGUAUAAUGGACACAUUGAUCGAGCACACCAAGAAGAAGAAGAAAGACACCAAUAUAUCCGAUCAUCUCGAUAUCAGCGAUAAUGAAGGAAAGACUUGUCUCAUGGUAGCAUGUGAGGAGGGGUGGGAGCAGGGCGUCGAAGACUUGAGCAACGAGGAAGCUAGUUUCGAUCUCCUCGACAAUCUUGGACGUACAGCAUUGCAUUACGCAGUAAUGUCUGGGCAUCUUGCUAUCAUUGAAACCGCUACAACAAAAAUGAAGUACGAGUUUCUUCUAAUGGUAGAUGCCAAUGGAAGGUCGGCGUUCGACGAUUUUGAUUUCAACCAGGCCGCAGACCAGCAACAACAGACCCAUCUUGAUAAAAUCAUGAAUCAUUUUGUCAAAGACGUUUCCACUGAGAAUCCGCAAAGGGAGAUGUUGGAGUGGGCUGCUAAAGGGCCAAACAGAAGCAAAAUAUUUCGAAUGUUGGUCAAACGACUGACAAGGGAUGAUAUAUUCGAUAACAUCGAUGCUAAGGACCCGACCAUUUUCGAACAGGCAGUUCACUCGAGGAUGCCAUGGGUCCUCUGGAUUCUCAUAGAUAACUUCUCUGUAACGUCAGAGACCUUGGAAUCAGUUCAGAGAGCCCAACAACUUGCAAAUAAGUUACUUCAGUCAGACGGCAAAUCGAAGAAGCUCGCAAGAACCGAACAUGGGGAUGAGAAGGACGAGAGCAAGCAAGAUCCAGACAGAUUAAUUCUGUUCGACAUGCAAAACUAUCUCAGCGACUUUGCAGUGGCAGAAACCUACAGACGAAGUUUGUAUAAGCCCAUAAAACCGCAAGAAGGAGUGGAUAAGGUACUGCGCGGAUUCAAUGUCACAAUUACUCAAUUUUUCGACCGGCGAAUCGACAAUUCUCAGCACAAAACCAAAUGGAUCAAACAAUGGCGGCCGGUUCAAGAUGUGAUUUAUGGCAAAGGUCCGAAAAGAAUUGCCGAGGACGCGAUGAAGACACGGCUACCCUACCCACAGGAUGGCUCCAAGUCCUCCGACGAUUCCAAUGACAACAUAGAGAUUACGACGCAGUUGAAAUGGAUUCACCUACCGGUGACUAAUAUAGUUUGGAUGGAAGACCUUACGAAAAGGAUUUUGAAAGAGAGAAAGUUGUCUACAGAGCAGACACAGAGCUUUGCAUCAUUCUUACGCAGCAGCUGGGUUCAAGUCCCCGAUCGCACAUCUGCUUCACGGUUCAUGAGGCCUCUCUAUGUAUCCAAAUCAAGCGAUGAGACGAGAUCUCUCGCUGUCUCUGCAGCUUAUAUGCCAUAUCUUUCCAUGUCCAAAUAUAUUCCUGCCUCAUCUGCUAGUGAAGGAAGCAAGGGGGAAAGUUUGUACAAACAGCUACUAGAGGCUUACAAAGAUGAUGUAGUUCACCAAUCGGCUACACUGGAUGAAUCGUACUAUCAUUUUGGAUCAGAUGAAGCGUCUAGAGCAGACCAAGAUGCCCGCAACAGGACACAGGUUGUCACAAAAUACCUGAAUGGGAAAAAAGAAGAGGAGGAGGUAAAGAACGAGAAGAAGGAGAAGAAAAAGAAAAACAGACAAAAGAAAGAAGAUGAGCAGCCCAGUGGCCCAUUCAAUGUGGUAAGAGUUAAACAACUUUGGGUUUGGACCAUUCUGGAUGUUGACGAGGUCCAAGAAGAUGACCUCCCGAAAGACUUCUUGAAUCAUCCCGCCAUACAAGAACAGAUUACAGAAGCACCAUCUCAGCCGGAAUUUACGGCUCGAAUCGCAACACUCAUUGCCAACUACUGUGUAGAUGCAUACGAAAGAAAGAGGACCAGUGAACAGGUCGACCCCAGCCAACGCAGCGAUGACUCGAGUUCCAAUAGCCACAUUGUUAGAGAAGAGCUUUCCACUCGCUCAAUUCGUCAGCUCUUCUCCGAUAUUGUCAACGAAAAUGCGAGAGAAGAGAAGAGACUCUUCAGUGAUUGUCAUAACUUAACACGGUUGCGGAAGGAAGGAAAUGAUGGCAAGCUGGAAGGUAUUCUUACACAAGCUUCGCAGUUGGCGUGCGACAUCAAAGACCUCCGUGACGAACUCAACAUGCUACGCAGCAUCGUCAAUUUCCAACUGACUGUUCAAAAGGAAAUGCCUGGGAACACCAAAGGUUCCAGUAGUAUUACGGGGCAGUACUUCUCUAAUGAUCUUGAGGAGCUAGAAAACGUUGCCAAAAGGACACAGGAGAGCGUCGAUACAAUCCUAACCCUCGCUGAGACUGAGAUUGCGAACGAUCAGGCACGACAGGCUACGAGACAAGGAAGGACCAUGAUGGUGUUUACAGUUGUCACCAUCCUAUUUUUACCACUCUCCUUCCUUUCGUCCCUAUUCGCAUUAAGCGACAAACCAUUCGCUGAAACCCCCAGCUGGGUUCAUGUUAUAAUCUGGACUGUGUCCUUCACAUUCCGUGUUCCCGUUGCGUCUAUUGCUCUAUUCUCGGACGCUGCUGCGAAACAAUGGAACAGAAUCUGGAGCCCGAUGGAGCAAGUUGUGACAAAGCAUUGGUGUGAUUUUCAGGAGAAACAGGAGGAUAAGAAAGAACUGAAGGAAUUGAGGAAGGAACAAGACGAAAAGAAGAAGAAAAAGGAGGCACGGGAAAAGAAAAAGGAUAGAUUGAAAAGGACACUGGCCGAAGCCAGCAGGGCACUGGACGAAAUGGAUAGGGAAGAGGAAGGGCUCAUGAACAACCGACCUGAUAUAUCUCCUGUUUAA